AUGCCUCCCGAGAGACCCAGUCCCAACGCUGGUACUGGCCCAUACCCUCCUCUAGUCGAGAGCAACGGCAAAGACAGACCAAGAGCGCCCAUCAUGUCGUCCAACCGCACCCUUAUAGACUGGAACGCGGAUGUCCAUGACGACAUCCUCAUUUCCUACCAGAAGACCUUGAAGCCCAACCCUGCGCAGUUGGCUGCUAUCGUGGCCUCUCCCCAAGAGAUGGGCUACACCUUCACAGGGAAGAAGGCCAAGAAGAAUGAAGUCCCCAACACUUUCAAGGAUGCCAUCGACCCUGUCGCACCCAUUGAGGUUGUCGACAUGACCGAGGUCUGGGAUUGCGACUUCAACAGCGGCAUGCUGGCGCUUGCCAUGCAACCGGACGAGUGA